AUGGCUGCUCUCCCAAUUUGGUUCUUGCUUCCGAGCUCCAGCGGAGCAGCAUCGGAGCUUUCCCCUCACGGCUGCCUGUUUUGGCAGAAAGACCACGAGGAACGGGUGCGGUUUGUUUUCUUCAGAAAGAGACAUAGUACUCCACGCAGAACAAUGGCACCAACCUCCGAACCAUCCCCCAUCGGCAAACAGCCGACGAACCACUGGACCUACGAUCCUGACACCGGCCUGAUCGAUCUUUCUCGACAGAGCAGCAGAAACGGCGACGAUGGCCCAACAACACCAAAGAAAAAGUUCCUGACCCUCGAAACCGCCACCAACCCAAUCCGCUUCGACCCCGCCAAAUCCGCCCUGGUCAUCAUCGACAUGCAGAAUUUCUUCCUCUCGCCGGCCCUGCGUGGCGGCGGCCAGCAGCAGCCUAGUCCGGGUAUCCAGGCGGCCAACAAACUGCUGUCUACGGGUAUCCCAGCGGCCCGGAAACACGGGAUACGGGUGGUAUGGGUGAAUUGGGGGUUGACGGACGCCGAGGUGGAGACGAUGCCGCCGGCAGUGAUGAAGGCGUUUGGCGUUUACGAAAGUGUCGACGACGAUGCGAUCGACAAAAAUGGAGAAGACCAAGGUCAAGGUCAAGAAGAGGUGGCAGUCCCGCUGAAGACGCCGAGAAAAAGGAAAAAUCGAAACGUUUACAAGGGUCUUGGAGUCGACCUGGGCCCCAUCGACCUCGGAGACGGGAAGAUCGUCGAGGGCGGACGCAUUCUGAUGCGCGAUUCCUGGAACGCGGCGCUAUAUCCGCCUCUUGAAGAGGAGUACCGCAGGGGCUCUUCUCAAGCACCGCCAGACGUCUGGAUCCACAAGAACCGCAUGUCAGCGCUUUGGGGCCAGGGAACCGAUCUAGAGAAAUUCCUGCAGAAGGGGGGCAUCACGACGCUGUUCUUCGCUGGCGUCAAUACGGACCAGUGCGUGGGCGGCACUCUCAUGGAUGCGUUCAGCAAAGGGUACGACUGCAUCCUGCUGCGGGACGGAGCGGCGACGAGUUCGCCGGGUUUUGCGACCGAGGCCUGGGAGUGGAAUUGUGCUCAUACGUGGGGGUUCCUUACUUCCUGCGAGGCGUUGAUGAAUUGUGUUGUUGAUAAUGGCCGUACUAUAAGAUCAGAUACCCAGUCUUGCUUACAGUACCGUGGAAUCAAUCAAUCAAUCAAUCAGAAACGAUCUAGUUGCGAUUUCAUGGCUUCUUCGGGACAUACACCGUAUAGACGGACAGAACUAGACGCUAUUCUCAUCAUCAAGGCUGAAAAAUACAGAGUAGAUAGAUUAUGA